AUGGCAGCUUUGGUCCACGAGGAGAGCAAAAAGCCACUCGCUCUGCUCUUCUGCGUACCCAGCGAUUGUUACUGUGGCGAGGUUUACAGGUUCCAGAUGCAAGUGACCCAUGACGAAGUGUUGAUCUCAGGCUGCAGGUUCUUCUCUCUCACUCGUUCCUUCAUGCUCACGGUUGCUGGGACAAUAGCGACAUAUGAGAUUGUACUUCUGCAGUUGGGGUCAUCUAGUGAAGAGA